CUCACUACCUUACUGAAAACGUCAUGAAUUAUUUCGGGGCUAUGAAUUAGCAAGUCUAGGUUGAGCAUCUUAAUUAUUCUCGAGAGACAGUGUUACGCUGAAAAGUGUUUCUAUCACGUGUGCUCCGAUGAGCCAACUUACGUUUCUCGACGGUUCAAAUUCCAGAUAGGAAGGUCGUAGAGUCCCUUUACCAUCAUGGUGUGAAUCUGCCAAGGCGUCCCCCGAUGCUACACUGCCGAUCUCAACAUGUAGACAGGUGAUAACAAGACAGACGGUAGCAUGGAUGUUUAAGCUCUAGACCGAAUACGAAUAACUCUAUUUUCAAGUCUAGAAUCUCGCCGCCUGGUAUAUUAUAACUGCGGUAUCUAUAUCUAGUCACCCCAAGUUCAGUCGGUAGGAUACGGAGCUCUACUUUUAGCCAUAACAAGAACACAUAUUGUCAUGAGCCAGCAGGUCCCUGUAUACCGCGUCAAUAUAGGAUUCCGACAACCUGGGCACGAAAUUCGGGUAUCCCUUAGCGUCGAACCCUGCUUGCAUCCUCGAGGGUUGCGUUGGCUCUUUUUAUUUUGUCUAGGCCAAAUAAUGACACCGCUAAGGACCAAUUUGCGUCCAUAAUACUCAAGCUAUUGCUCUUUCGUUCGUCUAGACUUUACUGUUGAAAGAUGCGUCUCCUUAGGCUUGGGGCCGUAGUAGGCUCGAUCGUGUCUAUUAUAGCUGCUUCUCCAACAUGUCCCAUUGAUGGACCUGUUUUCCCUAAGCCUCUUCAACCGUCUAAGAGCGAAGCGAUUAAGGCCGCAGUGGCAACGCUGAAAGAUGUGUUCGCUAAUGCUACUGGGAAAGCCCAGAAAUACUCUAUAUCAGUGCAAGUCUUCUCGGUGAACGAGCCAGAGCCCCUAUUCUCGCUGUCACAUACAGCGCCGAACCUCGCAAGCAAGAGGAGUACAGGAGUUAAAAAGGUUGAUGAGAACACUGUAUUCAGACUUGGGAGCUUGACUAAGAUUUAUACGAUCUACUCGUUCCUGAUCAACGCUGGUGACAGCCUCUGGAACGAGCCAAUCACCAAAUAUGUCCCUGAGCUUCAAGCUUUAGCAAAUCGAUCAGAUCCAGUAAGCUACGUGGCGUGGGAUGAACUUACUCUUGGAGGUCUUGCAUCACAAUUGACGGGUAUCCCCCGGGAAUAUGCGUUACUUGGCGAAUUGACACAGUCGGAGGAUACGAGAGACAAUGUGAUAGAGUACGGAUUUCCACCUUUGACUCAAGACGAAAAACCCCCUUGCGGAGUAGAUCCUACUUGCGACCGAGAGCAGUUUUUCAAUGGGAUUAGUUUAUUCUAUCCAUCUCUGGCCCCCUUCCAAACACCGGCGUACUCCAACGUUGCAUUCCAGCUGCUCGGAUAUGCCCUCGAAACCAUAACAGGCAAGACAUUUCAGACGUUGAUGGAAGAGAGUGUGAUUAAGCCCCUAGGGUUAAAUAACACAUUCCUAAAAGCACCAGAAGACUCACGCGGCAUCAUUCCCGGGGAUCGUUAUGAAACGGGCUGGGCUUUUGAUAUUGGUGAAUCCCUAGCCACCGGGAACAUGUACGCCUCGGCCAAGGAUGUAUCUACGCUGGGCCGGGCAAUUCUCAGCUACAAGCUGCUCUCACCCGUGUCUACAAGGCGAUGGCUUAAGCCUUUCGCUUUCUCAUCCGAUCCACUUGCCAUGGUCGGAAUGCCCUGGGGCGCCAGGAGAAUCAAGCUGGAAGACACAUAUCGAUACACUACGGCUUUCAACAAAGCCGGGAAUAUCGGAGACUACAGUGCUAUCCUAGCCAUUCUACCAGAUUUUGACAUAGGAAUAACCAUACUCCUGGCUGGUGAGAUUCCGGGAAAUACGGGCUUUAGUUUUGCCGAUACCAUUGGAGAGCAUAUUCUCCCUGCGAUAGAAGAGGCCGCCCGUUCCGAAGCAGGAGCCCAAUACAGCGGACACUACGUUUAUCCCAACGACAAAAUAAACUCGUCGAUGACCAUCACCACUGAUGAACUCCCCGGACUAAGCAUAUCCCAAUGGUUUAGCAACGGGACAGACUUUGCCUGGAUUGCAACAGUUUUACAAAACCAGUAUUACCCACUCACGCCCCGUAUCAGGCUUUACCCAAGCGGCCUCGAGGGGCCAGCGGAAAACGGUGGGAAGCGUGUGGCGUUUAAAGCGAUGUUUGAAGAUGCAGAUGCUCCUAGGAAUGACAAUAAGAUGUUUUCGACUGAAUGCGGCUCGUGGGUAACCAUUGAGUCUAUCAUAUACGGGUCAGCGUCUAUGGACGAGUUGAUCUUCAAUGUAGAUUCUGGUGGGAAGGUUGUUAGCGUUACGUCGCCAUCGUUGAGAGUUACUUUAAAUAAGGAGUAGUUGUUUUCUCGGGGUUUAUAUUGUAAUACAUAGCUGUUAUUAUAUCAGGCAGUUUUUGGGUUUAGUUAAGUCUCAAUAAAGCUGUGGCGAAGCCUUUUGAAAUACA